AUGAAAUCCACUGAAGAAAUCGCUACUCAAGCAGAACUUCCUGCUGGAAUGUCAAGCUACAAACUGCACACUUUCUUACAAAACGAUGCUUUAACAGAGCGCAUAACUUCAGAGUUAGAACAACUAAACUAUGCACACAUCUUAACAUCACUGGCAAUGGGGUCUCUUCAGAAUAACAAUGUUUACGACAUCUCGGCACAUGAAAAUAGCGAUUCAAAGAAGGGGCAUGAACAACAGUCGGAAGAUCAAGCAUUAACUAUUUCCAACGUUGACCAACGAAGCAAUUUUUCACGCCGCCAAAAACGACGUGUGAUACCGAGCAGAAAAGUACGGGAACUUCAAGAAAUUGACGAGGUGAAACGUCAUGAUUCCUAUGACAACGAGGUUCGGCGGGAAAACAGCACAAAACGAAAAAUAGUUCGUAAAAAUGUUAGAAAGAAUUUUCAAGAAAAAAGAGACUUUUUCUCCACAAAUGGCCCUGCAGUACGUGAAAUAAAAGACAAGAAAAAGCAACCAAAUUCAGCGGGACGAUUUUUAAGGAAAUGCAAGAAACAUGGAGUGAUGAAAGAUGGUUUUAAAACGAUUCAAACUAGGGCGAAUAGAAGAAACAGAAAGGAAAUGAAUUCUAAGGAAUGUUUGGGUGAUAAUGAAGGAAUUGAACGGAGUUGUAUGGAAAUUGGAAGUGAUUCGGAAAGGAAUAAAGAUGAGGAAAGCGAGGAAAUUUAUACGGAAGGUAAAUCGAGGAAAUCAAAGAAAAGAAAUACGGAAGCCAUCAAAAUGAAUUCGAAUGAAUAUAAUUCCAAUGGAAGUUCCGACGAGAAAACUCGCUAUCAAUGCAAACAAUGCGGAAAAUGUUUUAAAACGUAUUAUACAUUUAGUAUUCAUAUUAAAAUGCCAGAACAUACGAAGGAGACGCCUUUUGUUUGUGAUGUCUGUGGAAAAGGCUUUCGGCUCUCGAGCACUUUGUGUAGACAUAAAAUAAUCCACACAAGCAACAAGCCUCACGAGUGUAAAGUUUGUUGGAAAACGUUCAACCGUUCCUCCACUCUCAAAAUGCACAUGCGCACGCACAGCGCACGCAAGCAGCACGUGUGUAGCACGUGCGGAAAAGGUUUCCACCAGAAAGGGAAUUUGAGGAAUCACAUGUUUGUCCAUUCCGGAGAGCGGCCAUUUUGUUGCGAAACGUGCGGUCGCCACUUUAACAAGAAGUCAAAUUUGAAACAUCAUAUAAAGAUUCAUGAGAUGAAUGGCCAAUAUUCGUGUACAAUUUGUAAGAAAGUUUUUGAGGAACAUACUGGAUUGAAAGAGCAUAUGCAAACUAAACAUGCUCAUUUGUGA